AUGGACAUCGCUGCACUCAGUGAGACCCGGUUCUCCAAACAAGGUCAAACGGAGGAGAUGGGUGCGGGCUAUACCUUCUUUUGGAGCGGUUGCCAAAGGGCAGUGCAACGGGAGGCGGGUAUCUCCCUUGCCCUCCGGUAUGACACCAUGGAACGACCGCCCUGUCCGCCGCAGCGUAUAAACGACCGUCUAAUGAGCCUCCGCCUGCUUCUCUGGGUAGGCAAAUUCGCCAACAGCGUCAGUGUCUGCGUUCUUCUGAUCAUCAACUCUCACGAGGCGAGGGCGAAAUUAUACAGCUGCCUGCACACCCUCUUGGCGACUAUGUCAAGGGCCGAUAAGUUGACUGUCCUUGGGGACUUCAACGCCCUCGUCGACCCAGACCAUGCUGCCUGGAGAGGAGUGCUGGGUCCAAUGACAAUGGCUGGCUCUUCCUGCUGA